GCAUGGGCAGUGAUGGGAUCUGGCAACACUGUCGAAAGCACGUUAUGAGUAUGACUGUGAAUUGUGACUUGUGCGUGUGAGCACGUGUUUUGUAUGAAUAUCACGAAGCCUCAUAAAAAAGAUGGGUGAUAUAGCACAGCGACCAAUUAUAAUCCGCGAUGCACAGCAGGAUGAAUCGAAAAAUCCUGCCUUUGUCACGAAACGCGAUCGUAUAGCGAGACAAUAUCAUACUAUCAGAAGUUGGAAACCACAGAGUGAUGUAUGGCCAUUGAUAGUUGGACGCGGUAUUCUGAUCGGCACGACGGUGAUCACUAGUCUUUAUUUGAAUCACCGAUUUAGAGCGAGGAUGAAGCUCCGAGAUGGGGUAUUUCCUACAAUGAUAGGUCUCGCAGUAUCGCCAGCUGCAGUGACAGCUAUAGUCCAUACGGAGUUGAUCAUGAAUAAGCUAUUAUUAUUAGAGAUACCAUGUCCUCUAUGCUUGGAGUCUAAAUCUGCUUUGAUGCAAACUUUUAGCGGAGUGUUUUUGCCAUUGAUACUUGUACCGCUUGGAAACUUCUCAAUUGCUACUGGCUGUGGAAUAUAUGUGCCACACGUAACUGACAUAAGAGGAAUAUUUAUACAUGUCCUAUCACUCUAUCAGCCGAUGUUUCCCAAGAUUGCAAUGAUUUUUACUUUUCAUGCGUUACUAGCUGGUUUUAUAACAUAUUCAGAAAUCAAAUCUUAUUUUCGAAUGUUAGAUAUGCAACAUUUAAUAGAAGAAGAAAAAGAGCAGAAAUUUGAAAAUAAUAUUCUUUGA